AUGACGAUCGCCAAGUCACUCUGCGCAACAGCUGCGGAGCUCGAGCAAAAGGUUGUCGACUUUCCUUUACCCCCUGGCUUCUUUGAUGUUCAGGAGCGGCGGGAUGCCUUACUAGCGUAUUAUCUUUCGCGGUGCGAUGUGGCCUUGGCGGAGGACAAUGAGACACUGGGCUUCAACAUGUUGGAGAAGGCUGCCGAUCUGGUGAUGGAGGAAGACAUGGCCUCGGAGCUUGUUCAGCGGGUGGCUUACAAGUGUUGGGAAUGCGGAAACACCCUGCGUGAGGCAGGGGCCGCAGAUGCAUCUCACUGGCUCUACAAGGGUCUCAAUCUUGUCACAAAGACUGAAACCAGCUGUGAGACGCCAGGGUUAUUACACCUACAGACUAAUGUUGCAGAGAUGGCGGCAGUGGGGCUGGGUCUCAUACAAAGGACGGAGGCCAUUGCGAGUCAGACGGUGAGCCGCCGCCAGAACUUUAACGUCUAUCUAACCUCACAGAUUAUCUGGAGUCUCGGCGAGACGCUGUACAAGAAGGGGGUUUUCAAGCAGGCGGCGCAGUGGUUUGUCCUAGGCGCGCACCCCGCUCUCAUGCCGGGCGGAAUCGAGAAUUCUGGCAAAUGCCGUCGCAAAGCUGCUUUAGCAUACAUCAACGGAGGUGACACGGAACGUGCCAAGGAGCAGCUUCAACAUUGCCCUGCGGCAGAGGCUUCGACCCACUACCUCAGCUUCCUCGCUGCAAUCAACUCCGGGCGAGAGGUCGUGGCCACUGCAGCCAUCGAGCAGAUUCUCAAUUGUCCCGAUCUGGUUUGCAAGCACCUGCUGCUAAUGGGCCAAGCAGCACAGGAGAAGGGUAUGCGUACAGCCCUCGCGCUGGCCCUCGAUGCACUCCUGAGCAUCAUGAUCCGGGGAGGAGAUGAGGGGGUCACGUCGCUUCAUGCUUUGACCUUAACCCGCUGCCUUAUGGAAAUGACCUUGACACAGAUCCGCAACAGCAACAAUCUCGAACGCAACUCUCUCCUUGGGGCAUUCUUCCGUGAUCUAGAGAUUGGCCACAGCGUGAUCGACGAGCUCUGCCGAGAAGGAAAAGCGGCCGAGCAUAUCAAGGACAUCGCUUGGGUUUACAAGACGGCUUUCAAUGCAGGCGUCGAGGGCGCCUUGAACUGGGACCCUAGCCUCGUUGCCGAUAUUUUUGACAUCACGGCCCAGAUCAUGGACCUCGUGCAAAUGACUGCCAAGAUGGACACGGAUCCGAAUUUGAGCGUUCAGCGGGCGACUGCUAUGUUUGCGUGCUUCUCAGGCAAGAUGGAGGUGUAUCGGGGAAUGGGCGAGUGCGAACAGAAGCUGGAUUUACUUCGCGACCUUGUGAACUACGGAACGUUGGUUCGCCCUGUCAUCGCUGCGGCCGCGACAAACAACGAUAGUGAAGCGAGGACUGAACGAAUGCAAUCUGCACUCUCAGUUCUGGAGGCAGAGCUUCUGUGCGAUCAGGGCAACUGGGAGGGGCUUGAAGAGACGGUACAGCACGCAACCAAAGGCGAUGGCGGGGGAGAGGGAUGUUUCUCUUCUCUAGAGGCGCUGGUAACGGUGUUGGCCAAGUACCCCCGGUGCCCGACCAGUUUUUCGAUCAAAAUCCUUGAGUGUUUAUUGGAGACGCUGUCUCAGCACGAUACUGACGGAACUCAACUCGCUCAUUGGAUGCACCACGUAAUCGCUGGGCUGUUGCACUACGACAGGACAGAAGAGGACGAACAGGCGUACCGGCUCCUGGAGCGAUUCAUUGAGAUGAUGAGCAGGAACAUGGGUCUUGCCGUACCCCAGGACGAGUGUGGGUGGUUCGCGAGCGUUGCGUACAACAAGGGGAUGAGCAAAUACAAUAGCGGUGACAAGGAGGCCGCUUGUCGUUGGUGCGAUCUGGCGCUGGAGAUCGCAAGUCGCAUUGACGGUGCUGGUAGUAUCUACAACGACGUGAGUGAAUAUCUUGAGAUAUUGCCGACUAACUCAGAUGCUCCGCCGCCGCUUCAAGGUAAUGCAGCAGCAUGACGUGGGUGAACAGACCUAGCGGUACAGGAUGCAUAAGAACGAUACAUGGGCAUGCAGUUGAUGGUAAUGCUGAGUUAUGCAGACGAGUCCGACUCCUUCAACG